AUGCGUUUUGGUACAAACGCCCGACAUCAUAAAAUGUACGCAAAUACCAAACAUGCCCGCUUUCACGUCCAACCAUAUCCGAUGCAUACGCUUGUUUAUGGCACAAAAUGCACCUUCUGGCUUGAAGCCAGCGGUUCCGAGACGACCAGCGAGACGAAGCCCAAUCCCUCCGGCCUCCUAGUCCGUCUGCCCGGCGUCGGGGCCGACACUUGUCUGCCGCUCCGUCAGCCCACUCCGACAAUCGCCUCGGCGCCGGCUCUUCCCUCCAGACCGUUGACCGGCUCGCAGACCGGCGGUCAGCUCCACCCGAAGGCUCCACCGUCGCAGCCUCCGGCGCCGGCCGAGACGUGCCGAAGCGCCGCAGGCGCUGGCCUCCGUCUCUUGCAGACCCGAGCCGGCCUCGCCGAUCUGCGGCACGAGGUGAAUGUGCUCAAGCGGACUCAAACGGUCAACGCGGCCUCGGUCAAGGCGGAGUCGAACGAGGCGAUGGUCAGGAUUCAGGUGCGUCACUGA